AAAAAAAAAAAAAAAAAAAAAAACUGGACCAGAGGCGAGACAGCACCCUUGCUGGUGCGUGAAUGAAGCACAUAAGAGAUGGUGGAAUGGACAAGAAAUCAGUACAUAUUCUCGACCGACCGAAUCUCGCCGAUGACCCUGCAUGAUAGCGCCAAUAACAGCUUGGAGUAAACGACCUCAAGACUAGGGGUCCCGCCAUCACCUGAUAUGUACAUCUAGUCGGGAUGAUUAUAAAAGACAGUCCUAGCGUACGCAGGAAGCGCCCUCAAACAAUGAACUCUUGGCCCCCACUCCCAAGAGACGAGGCUGAACUGCAGGUCAAAAGCCCCCGCUAACCGACCAACUGCCAUUCUACUAAGUAAACUCCGUCUUGAAGGCUUAUUUUCUGGUUCCUGUCAUCCGGUCCCUGUCAGUUUCCGUGGGUUCAUCCUUAAUGUGUACGCCAGCCUUGCCCAGACUCGCGUAAUUACCAGCCACACCACCCCCAUAACAUGAAGAGGAAGACAUAGCUGUCAGGAUGGGGUUCAGGCGUCGCAAAGAGAAACUACAACCAGCUCAAGGACCGUCUUCUGUAGGGCAUACACGCUCCACCUCGUUGUACACCAUCCCAACGGCAGCGUCCACUGUUCACUCUCUGUCCACGGCAUCAACAAUCUAUAGCCACGACAACAACACAACCACAUCGCUCAGUCUUUCCGGGACGACCCUUGUCACAGAGGGAUCAUCCACGGACUCCUCUGGCCAAUAUGGAAUUCAGGAUCCAAACUCGCGGAAACAAAAAGCCAGACGCUCCCUCGCAAAGUAUAGGUCCUAUGCGGAUCUCUCUAAUGCAAUCUCUCAGACAAAAGCUAAGGCCAGCGAUUCAAAAUUAAAGGCGCGGAGCUCUGUCAUAAAUCUUGAGCAACAGAUGCGCGAGUACGUGACGAAUGUGACGCACUCGAGUGUAGAUCUUUACGGGAGCAUGCUGAAGAAGUUGGAUGAUAUGAUUACCUCGAUGGAUGAGGGAUUGUUUAGAGAUAAGGAGGAUAUGGUCACGGUAUACGGUGACGAGGUCUCAUACACGAAGACAGGGACAGAGAGGGAGGUGAAAGCGACAUCAACAGGCCCCAGUUUCUUCUCGAAGACCUAUCUGUACCACAACUCCCGGCUCCCGGCUCACCUUCCUCCAGUGCAUAUACUACCGCAAACAUACGCCCUCAUCCGCCUAGCUGCCCAGUACUCCAGCUCAGCCUACAAAAAACCUGCAGAGCUCACCACGACCAACAACCCCUACGUGAGCGCCAACAUCCGUCACGGAACGAAGGCAAUGGUAAUCAAGCCACUCGCAUCAGACGAUCUCAAGAGCAUCGUCCUCGCAAUCCGAGGAACUCAAAGCUUCCGCGACUGGGCCGUGAACAUGAAAACGCUGCCAACAGCCCCACAGAACUUCCUCGACGACCCCGACAACCUCUGCCACGCAGGAUUCCUUACCGUGGCACAGAGAAUGGCCCCUUCCGUCGCGGCGUAUCUCCGCGAUCUGCUAACCGAAGACCCCAAUCGCGCGUCAUAUUCGCUGAUCCUGACGGGCCAUUCUGCCGGCGGCGCAGUGGCCAGUCUGCUGUACUGCCAUUUGCUCUCAACGAGCGUGUCGUCUGAACUGAAGCACUUGGCUAGUUUCUUCGGAAGCAUCCAUUGCGUGACAUUCGGCGCCCCGCCAGUCUCUAUCCGACCACUAUUCCCAACGAAGUCCCCAGCAUCACUAGAAUCGAUGUUCUAUGCGUUCAUCAACGAAGGCGAUCCCGUGCCCCGGGCCGAGAAAUCCUAUGUCACCUCAUUGUUGAACCUGUACUUGUCGCCUGCCCCGUUCUCUCUCGGCACAAGUCGAACAUACCCCUUCGUCAGCAGACAAAACAAACCGGCCAUCUGGCGUGUGCCACCAGCUACGCUCCAUCUCGCCGGGAACGUAGUCCUCCUGCGACACCAAUCGCAAGACCCCCUCUUCAAACCCUCGCACAGCGUCCAGAAAGACGAGAUCGAAGCCUGCCAAAUCCCCAACGAAAUCAUGCACGAUGUCGUCUUCGGAGACCCCGUAAAACACUGGAUGGGUCUGUAUCAAGAAAGAAUAGAGCACCUCGCCCGCAGGUCGCAACAGCCACCUCCCUAUCAGGAUUAAUGCAGCGCAAUCCUAUUCUAAGCCAACAACUCCCUCCCAAUAUGUAGACCUAGAACCUCGUAAGCUAACACAGCAUAAAUCUAUAUAUAUUAGUCCUUGGGAAUCUCGCUACUGCAUCAUUCGGGAAUCCGUGAAUGUCCACGGAUGAUUAUAGUUGUUCAGCUACAAGGUAUUGGGUUAUUGUAGUGUACUGUAACUAUAUUGGGAGAGAAGGGGUACUGAGUUGUAGGAACGGAGAUGGAUUUAUGGGUUGGCAUUCUGAGGAUCUUCAUGAUGGAACUACCACCGUCUCACGCAAUGUAAUUAGGGGGUUUUUGUUUUUUU